AUGAUCCCAGGAAUGAAGGGCUUCUCAUAUAAGGAACAGGAUGGAUUGAUUGUAGAAAAUGUGCAUGGUAUUCCUUACAACAUGACUGUUGGUCCAGAAGUGAUAGCCAUCAUGGCAACUAUUUGUGCCACUGUGAGAAAUUUCUAUCCCAGUAUUCUUCUGGGUAUUCAACCAACAAGCACUGCUAACCAAGAACAAACUUACAUAUUAUCUUUUCUAGAUGCUGAUUUUAUUCAAGCUGAAGGUUUUAUGUUCUCGCAGAUUUCAGAAGAAGGUUUUCUUGAUGCAUGUGCUGGUGACCUUCUGAGAUACCACAAGCAAUUAGGAGCUGAACACACUCAAUUUUUUUCCGACAUUAACAAAAAAAAUAGCUCACUUGGUGUGACAUCAGAUGUCAGCAUAUCAGAGACAACUAGGACCGCUGAAUUCUUCGUGUGUGAUGGAAUCAUACUGGCUGGAAUUGCAACUGGGAAGCAGGCAAAUCCUGAGGAACUGAAGGAAAUGAAACAGGCUGUAAGAAUUCCUGUCCUGAUUGGUUCUGGUGUGAAGGUUGAAAACAUGGAGGAGUAAAUGGAUGCAGAUGCCAUGAUUACUGUACAUUUCAAGAAAUCGGGAUUCUAGCCCAGUGAAGUUGAUUUUGAACGAAUUAAGAAAUUCAUGACAAAGGUAAAGCAACCCUGA